CCGUAUAUCCCACCUCACCGUGAUUUUUGCCUUCGCAGAUUUAACCCGCCGGGUGGCAUCAUAUAUCCGGUUACUCACCUCUCAAUGUCAUACCCACUCCGGUAGCAUAUCUCUGAAGUAUCUGCCAUCCAUUCCCGGCCAACAUGGCGGACAUCCCAGCCUUGAAGACCGCUCUAUACGACUCUUGUUUAGCCUACUCCAAUGAGGAUUACAACCAAGUCUUCAGUCAGGCCACUCUUUUCGGAUUGGGUGUCGUACCUAAUGGCGACCUUAACCUCCUGCUCACGGUCACACAAGGCCUUGUGGACGACAAAUUAUUCAAGGUAGUUCAUUCAGAAGGUUUAGGAUGGAAGCUCCGCUCGCGGGAGGAGGCCAAAAAAUACCGGAGCCUGUCAGCAGAGCAAGAGCUUGUGUACGGCCUCAUCGACGAAGCAGGCGAUGAGGGAAUCUGGUCCAAGACGAUCAAGGCGCGAUCGAACCUCCACGAUGCCGUCUUCCGCUCCGCAAUCAAGCACUUGGAAUCCAAGAGCAUGAUCUCCGAUAUGAAAUCCGUCGAGCAUCCCACGCGGAAGAUGUACAUCAAAUCAAGCAUUCGACCCAGCGAUCGUGCGACCGGAGGUCCUUGGUACACGGAUGGGGAGCUGGACGAAGAGUUCAUCUCGAUGAUGAUGAAUAUCUUGUAUGAAUACAUAAAAAAGAAGACGUUUUAUCACUCCAGUUCCGCCGCAGCCCUGAAGAAGCCGAAGAAGGUGAAGAAAAUCGAUCCACAAGAGGCCAAGGCGCUCAGGGACAAGACUUUGGGGCCGAGGGUCAAAACAGAGGAGGACGAUGAGAGGGCUCUGAGGAAGAGAAAGUAUGAUAGCUUCUUUCCUAUGCCUGCGGGCUAUCAGGCCUACCCCACACUGGACGAACUCACUGCGUUCGUGGAGAAUAGCCGCUACACAACACAAACCCUGUCGGCCAACGAGGUUGAGCAACUGCUGGAGAUCAUGUGCUAUGAUGAUAGGAUUGAGAAGAUAGUUUCGGGACCGGACGGCUUUGCGUAUAGGGCGUUGAGGCCGAGCUUGAAAUCGGAGGAUGAUAGGCAGUCGAAUUUCCUCACCGAGGCACCUUGUGGUCGAUGUCCUGUUUUUGAUCUUUGCGAGGAAGGCGGCCCAGUAGGCCCUAGUAACUGCGAGUAUUUCAAUGACUGGCUGGAGUUAUGAAGGAUGUACAUUCUAUUGACUUUACAUGCAUAGCGUGGUUGGGUUCUGGAGUUUUGGAAGAUACCAUGGGCUGGUUAGUAGUCUUUUAGAUCGGGUUACGAAAUCACAGCAAAGAUUCACGCGGUUGAAUGAUGAUGAAUAGUAGUGUG